AUGGUUCUCCUUAGCGGCAGCUAUGAGACUGACCAGCCUAAAGGAGACGCGGAUUCUGAAGAGGAGGGCUCCCCAUUGCACCCAUCCGGUCGUAAGACAAUCAAUCCCGCUUCGCCUCUCCGGGCAGAUCUGGAUGAGGACGAGGACGACGACGGCGAUUCCGUGGGAGUGCAAGACCUGACGGAACGCACCAUCGGCUCGCCACAGCUCAUGCGGGGCGUGUCCUUGCGCAAGACCUUGCGAUGGGGAGGGGCGAUUUGGUUUGCAAAGCCGACGGUUGCAAGCGAGGCCAAGAAGGCAAAGCUCUUCGCUUCGUCUGCGCCCACGCAAAGCUACGACAUGUUUGUGUCGCAUACCUGGCUGACGUCCGGAGGGUAUAAGAUGCUGGCGCUGCUGCUCCAGUUUGGUUGGCGUGCCAUGUUUGUGUCCUGGGCGAUGGGUGCAACCCUUGCCCUUGUGCUGUGCCUCUUGGGUCAACUACCAGCUAUCACCAGCUUCCACGCCGAUGUGACCGGCUUUGAAGGUUCGAUUCCUCUCCAUUGCUGGUCGAUGAUGGGUGGCUUCAUUGGAGCCUUGGUAGGCCUGCUACUUUACCCACACGUCAGCUGCCACAGGACAGAUACGUGCUUUCUUGAUUACCUGUGCAUUCACCAGUCAGACAAGAGGAUGAUGCAGCAAGGGAUCAGGUCAAUCGGAGCUUUCCUUGCGGCUUCUCGGGAGUUGCGGGUGCUUUGGAGCCCGCCGUACCUGACUAGACUUUGGUGUGUGUUCGAGCUGGCGGCAUAUCGCAAGCUGAAUCCAGCAGGCAAGAUCGUCAUCAAGCCCAUCGCCACCGACAUUGCAGUUUACAUGAUGUUCUUCUGGGUGCAGUUGGCUUCUGUCGGAAUUUUGGCCAGUUGGGCAGAUUCCGAGGAUCGAGUAAGCCGCAGCAUGAGGCUUCUGGGGGUCUCCAGCAGUACUUUCCUAUUCCUAUUCCCGGCCCUUGCGUAUACAGCCCGGAAGAAGCACCAGGAAGACAUGCAAUUAACAUCGGACCUUGCCAGCUUCAACGUCAAGAAUGUAGAAUGUAGCAACGAUUUCGACAGAGAAUGUAUCCACGCAGCCAUCGCUGAGUGGUACGGCAGCCUGGACGAGUUUUCCGCACACAUCAGGGAUGUCUUCCGCUUUGAGGUCAUUAACCUCAUGCAUGCAAACGGCAUUAUGCCAGCCCAAUAUAUCUGGCUCUCAUUGCUGCCGGUUGUGUCCCUUACUUGCGAAGUCCUGUUAGGUUUGUGGAUAGCGGGGGCACCUGCAACAAGUCUUUUGGCCUGCUUCAUGGGCUAUAUCAUAGCCCUGAACCUUCUCUGGUUUCCAGCCAUCGCAGUUCUUGCCACCUUCGCCACGAAGUACGGGCUUUGGGUAAGGAAACGCAGAUGCCAUCCCUUCAUCCUGGAGGUAUUCGCCGUGAGUCUCCUGACUGGUUCCUUGUUUGUCCUGGGGUCAAUUCUUGCAGAAGUUGCCACUGCCCGUGGCAUGGAGUGGAUAGGGCUGUGGAAUUUCCUUGCGCUCUCAGUGGCUGGAUGGGCUUGGGGUCGGUGCUGGCGGGUGUAA